CGUCCAUUCCGCAGGCGAACUGGAAUUUACUGGCUGCUUAUAAAUAGCUCUCCGCUUUCAUUUCAUCGCCAAAUUGUUCUGCUGACUUUUCAGACAUAAACUAUUUGAGAAUUUUUUAUCAUUAGAUUAGAGCAUUGAAAGGGAUCAUCUGUGUAAUCCUUCUCCCAGACACACUCUUUCCUUGUUUAAAAAUGUUUUCGAUAAGGUUUAUCGUGUUGAGCCUGUUUCUGGCGUUAUUGAUCUGCAUCAGCACCAUCCAGUGCGAUUCAUUCCAAGAUCGCGCAUCCGAACUAUACGAUGACGCUAAGGAGGCUGCUGGCGAUGCUUACGACAAAACCAAAGAUACCUUGGAAGACUGGAAAGAAGGCGCCGAAGAAAUGUAUGAAGAUAUGGAGGAAUCAGCUAAGGAACGCUGGACGCAAGCCGAGCAUAAAGCACACGAUGUGAAGAAGGCUGCCACCGAGAAAAUGGGGGAUCUGAAAGAAAGUGCCGAUGAAAAGUUGGCCAGCGCUAAGGAAUACGCCUCGGAAAAGAUGGCUGGUGUGGGCAAAACAGCGGAAGGCGUAAAGAAAGCCGCCAACGAAAAGCUCCAUCAGGCACAGGACAAAUUCGAGAAAGUCAAGAAGUCGACCAUGGAGAAGGAAGAGAGUUUUAUGGAUGGGGCGUGGAAGGCGUGCGAUUAUGUUACGGGAUUCUUGACGGAUAAGUUCCAACAAGUGCGAAAAAUGGUGGGAGUGUAGCGUGCGACCAUAAUUACAAAGUGGUGAAUACGAUUGUAAAUGUCAAAUGUGGUGCAGCUGUAGAUUUGUAAUCGCCCGUAAAUGCUCAGUAUUGAUCGUAUGGUAAUAGUUGCCAAUUUGCUUCCGUAUUUAUAUUUGUGACUUUGUUUUAUCGUUUUAGCGUUUUCUUCCACCAACAUGGGGUUUCUGUCAUUUUUUUCGAUCUUCCGUGUGUUAGGUUGAUUCUGGUUUUAAAGCGCACAUGGGACCAAAGACCCAAAUGGCUAAUAUUAUUAAAGUUUGAAAAAUG